UUUAUGUUUUUGUUGUGUUUAAUUCAAGAGCCUUCCCAAUUCCAGAGAGAGAAUUCUUCUGCUUCUUCUUCUUCUUCUUCUUCCCAAAAAGACGAGCAGAAUAUCAUAACGGUUGCGCAUUGCACUUUGUUUUUGGCGAUUAACUGAUAUCUUUGUGUCGGUGAAGGUUUGCUGCAAGUCAAUAAAAGUGAAUUUCUUUCUUUAUUGCUUAUAGCUGUCACACUGUGUAUAGCCAUUACCCCACUUUACAUCCAUAUACUUGCAACUUCUGCACCACCAUUCUUCAUUUCUUUCCUCCCCCACUUAGCAAUUUUUGGUGUUUCUGCAUACUUACAACUAAUUUAGUACCAAAUACUUUCUUUCUUUCUCUCAGUACACUACACAAUAACUCUCUUCACUAAUAUUAGAUAUCACUUUCCUAGCAAUUUCUCAUUAAUUGUGUUGGGUUGUUCAUCUGAGCUCAGGCUAGUAUCAAUCAAUGUGGUUUUGAAAUAAUUCACACAAUCUUCAAGUUAAUAUUUAUAGUAAAAUAACUUCUUCUUUUUUUUCUUUUUACCCCCACUAUCUAUACUGUUUCCACACUUCCUCUCCCUCCAGCGUAUCGUGCUUUACCAACUGAGCAACCCUCACUUGUCUUAUCGUAGAAUAACUGCCUACAUGCACGGCCUAAGCAGGCUAGGCAAUGGCGUGAAUUCGCCAUCGCCACCAUCGUCCCCUCGUUUCCGUCAUGGACGGAAUAAUAAGAACACAGGUGUAUGUGGUAGUAGUUUCCAUAGUGAAGUAAAGUUGCAGAAUUUUGCUGAGAAGUUAGGUUUUAUGUUAGUAUCUGCUGUUUAUAGGAGAAGAGGGGUCUUACUUUUUGCUCCAUUGUUGUAUAUAUCUGGAAUGCUGUUAUAUAUGGGUGCUUUAGGGUUUGAUGCAUCUGGUAAAAGUGGUGGGGUGGAGCCACGUGGAUCGGUUUAUCGGAGCCCACAGGUUUUUGAGAAGCUAUGGCCAUUAAUGGAGGCUGACAACAAUGGAACCUCCAAUUUGUUAACAAAUGUGUGGAAUCCUAAGCAUCAAGUUUGGAAGCCUCGUAUUGCCCAUACUGUUUCUCAAGAAGGUUUCACAGAACUGCCAAAGUCGAAUGGCUACCUCAUAAUUGAAGCAAAUGGUGGAUUGAACCAACAAAGGUUAUCGAUAUGUGAUGCUGCAGCAGUUGCGGGACUACUGAAUGCUACUCUUGUUAUUCCAAUUUUUCAUUUAAAUAGUGUCUGGCGAGACUCUAGCAAAUUCGGUGACAUAUUUGAUGAGGACUUCUUCAUCUAUGCUCUAAGAAAUCAUGUGAAGGUGGUCAGAGAACUCCCUGAAGAUCUACUACUGCAGUUUGACAAUAAUAUAAGUAGCAUUGUUAACUUGAGAGUAAAGGCAUGGUCCAGUCCAACCUAUUAUCUUCAAAAGGUCCUGCCAAAGCUGAAGGAGUUGGGGGCUGUUCGCAUUGCACCUUUUUCUAACAGAUUGGCCCAUUCAGUUCCUCCAAAUAUCCAAGGGCUGCGAUGUAUGUGCAAUUUCGAAGCGCUUAGGUUUUCCGAACCCAUACGCAUGCUUGCAGCAAAGAUGGUUGAUCGAAUGGUAAAAAAGAGCUCCAAAACGAGUGGAAGAUAUGUUUCGGUGCACAUCCGCUUUGAAGAGGACAUGGUUGCAUUUUCAUGCUGUACAUAUGAUGGUGGGGAAGAAGAAAAACAUGAGAUGGAUAUUGCCCGUGAAAGAAGUUGGAGAGGAAAAUUCAGGCGAAGAGGAAGAGUUAUAAGGCCAGGUGCAAACCGAAUCGAUGGGAAGUGCCCGCUAACUCCACUUGAGGUAGGCAUGAUGCUUAGAGGUAUGGGGUUUGACAAUAACACCUCACUUUAUGUUGCGGCGGGGAAAAUGUAUAAAGCUGAGAAAUAUAUGACCCCACUCAAACAGAUGUUCCCAAGCCUGGAAUCAAAGGAUACAUUAGCUUCCACAGAAGAACUUGCUCCAUUUGAGGGCCACUCAUCUAGGUUGGCAGCACUUGAUUAUACAGUCUGUCUUUAUAGUGAAGCUUUUGUCACAACUCAGGGUGGCAACUUUCCUCACUUCUUAGUGGGUCACAGAAGAUAUCUCAAUGAAGGACAUGCAAAGACAAUCAAACCUGAUAAAAGGAAAUUGGCUCUUUUGUUUGACAGCCCAGAUAUCAGAUGGAAAGACUUCAAAAGCCAAUUGCAAGACAUGCUUCGUCAUAGUGAUACAAAGGGGAUCGAGUUAAAGAAACCCAGUAGCUCCAUCUACACAUUCCCAAUGCCAGAUUGCAUGUGUAAGCAUUCAGAUGCUAAAAGUGCAAGUGGUAACAGGAGAAGACUACUAUGAUACCUUAGGACACACGAUAGCUUUAGAAAAGAUCAUAUACUUGCAAAGGGAAUACUCAAUAGCUACACAAAAGGUUUUGCACUUAGUAACUUUCUUUUGUUCCUUUCAGUGAUCCAUUCUUUUGGACCUGAGUGGAGUGUCUAUAAUUCAUUUGAUAUUUCUGAAAGUCCUUUGACUGGGUUGUUAUUUAAACUGAAAGGCUCAAGUUCAUUCUAAACAGAUGCUGUAAUUCUUGGCAGUAAUUAUAUGGGACUUUUUCACUGCAAACCCAUGCGGUGCAAAGUGUUUCCUA